AAUUUCAGAGAGAGAGUGUGUGAGUGAGAGUGAGAGUGACAGUUUCAGAAAUUUCUUCCAAAUUCUAUACAUACAAAAUAAAAUAAAAAUUCAAAACAUCUCCAGAAACAUCUAUCCUUCCAAAUAUCAAAUCCAAUCCAAGUUCAGUUUUCAAUUUUCAACGGAGUUGAAAAUUUCCGUUUAUAAUCAGCGCGGAUGAUUGUUUGAUCCUCGAAAAAUAUUUGGGGAAAAGGAAAAUUUUCGUAGGAGAAGAGAUGUAUGUGAGCGGCGGAAGUCCAAUACGAAAGUCUUUCAGAGACUCGCUCAAAGUCCUUGAAGCCGAUAUUCAGCAUGCUAAUACUAUUGCAUCUGAUUUUCCGAGGGAGUAUGAUGGCGCGUGCCUUCAAAUGAGAAUGUCAUACAGUCCAGCUGCCCACAUUUUCCUAUUUCUAGUUCAAUGGACUGAUUGCCACCUUGCCGGAGCUCUCGGACUGCUGCGGAUCUUAAUCUAUAAGGUAUAUGCUGAUGGCACCACCACUAUGUCCACUCAUGAGAGGAAAGCGAGCAUUCGAGAGUUCUAUGCUGUUAUAUAUCCAUCUUUAAUGCAACUUCAGAAAGGUGUUACUGAUUCAGAAGAUAAGAAACAGAAAGCUGUAUGUCUGGAGAGAUACAGAAGGAAGGAUGAAGAUGAUCUCAGGCAUUGCUGGGAAUUGGAUGUCGAGAGGGAAGAAGAAUGUGGUAUUUGCAUGGAGACUAAUAGUAAGAUUGUCUUACCCAGCUGUAAUCAUGCCAUUUGCCUCAAAUGCUACAGAGAAUGGCGUUCAAGAUCACAAUCUUGCCCUUUCUGUCGUGACAGCUUAAAGAGGGUAAACUCCGGUGAUCUAUGGGUGCUUCUCGAAAACAAGGACGUGCUAGACAUGGCUGCCAUAACAAGGGAGAAUUUGAAGAGGCUGUUUAUGUACAUUGAUAAGUUGCCAGUGAUUAUCCCUGACCACCUAUUUGAUCCCUACGAUUCCCAUGUCAGCUUUCACAAGAGGAACAGCGGAUGCUCUUUUGAGUUAGACUUAGAUUAUCCAUAUUCCACUUGUGUUUAGGAACAACCCAGCCUUGAUUUAUUGUGGGCAGAGGUUUAAGUUUAGAUAAGGGGAAGGAAAGUACCUAUGUUGUCUGGUAAUUUGUAAAUUCUUGUAUAGUUUGAGUUCUUCUCAGUAACUUGAGAUUGUGACGACAUAACGAUAUAAAUUUAUCGAACUUGUGAAUAUUUAGUUUA